AUGAAAUUCAGCUAUUUUCAACGGGUUCUUCCAAUAGUAUUUUUAAUAAUUGCUCAAAUAACCGGGGAACAAAGAUUCGCAGAAACUCCAGCUUUGUACUCGGAAGUGUCCUCCGGGGAUGACGUGCAACUGCGAUGCAGGGUGCAAGACAAACGCGGUCAGUGCAUCUGGCAGAAGGACCGGAAGCCGGUGGGCAUGCAUCCGGACAAAUACGAAUGGGCCAGCGGACGGGGUAGCGAUUGCACCCUUCUAAUCAGGAGAGCCUCCCUUGAUUUCGACGAUGGUUACUGGGAAUGUCAAGUGACUUCUGGCGAUUUCACGCGACAGGAUGCUCUAACUUCUUUACCAUCGCGUUUGCUCGUUAGAGUGAAACCCCGGAAGCCACGGCUGGAAUAUGGGGGGACGAUUUUAAACAACGCCCUGACUUUAAGGGAGGGUCAGGAAGUUACCAUUUCCUGUGUAUCGAGAUAUGGAAAUCCGGCUGCCCUUAUAAAGUGGUACAUAGGCGGAGACGAAGUGGAAGCUUUAAGGGAACAGACGAACGCGACGGAAGUGGACAGCCCGAAAACUUGGGCAGCCCACAGUCUCCUACGAGUUCGUGGACAAAGAGAGAACCAUGGUCUACCGAUUCGUUGUAUCACGAUCCAUCCGUCGAGCGUCGUUCCAGCUUCUGCGGAAACGCGACUGGAUGUUCAUUAUUCGCCAGAGGUGAGGAUCGAGACGAAGCCUCGUCUGCUGGUUGCGGCUCUCGAGGAUUCGGCCAGUUUUAUGAGCCUGAAAUGCUUCGCGGACAGCAAUCCCAGCGGAACGAUCAAGUGGUUCAAGGAUUCAGCUGGCAUCAUAGUAACGAGCAACGUGGUAUCGUUGAUGUUAAACAGAACGCAGCAGAACAGUACUUUGACGGGGUCCGAGUUAAGAUUCGAGCCGGUCAAGAGAAACGACGCCGGUCUCUAUUCUUGCAAGGCGGUCAACGUUAUCGGUGAAAGCACCGCGGCUAACUACAGGCUGGACGUACAAUACGGGCCUAGAUUGAAGCUGGAGAACACUGUCAAUGAAACGUUGAAGAAAUUGGAAGAGACCACUCUACUUGCGACCACUUUGGAACCAUUCGAAUGCGACGAAUUCGAGGCUAAUCCACCAGCCCAAUACAGAUGGGUACAUCUUCGCGGUGGGGUCACCGAGACCAUCGAAAAUCCUCUUCAGAACAAGGACGGUGGUAAACGGUUGCGUCUGGAGAACGUAAUGUGGUCCGACGAGGGGGAAUAUCGAUGCGUCGCGUUCAACGUGAUCAACGGAGUGCGGAGAGAAAUGCCCAGCGAGGCUCGUUACCUGCUCCACGUAACCGGCCCACCUGAGAUACAGGCGAGGCCUUCUUCCGGUGAUAAAGGUUUCUACGAGUCGCUAGGAUGGGCAGGAGAAUCCGAACACGUUCUUAAAUCUCGUUUCUGCUCGAGACCGCCACCCAGAUUGGUUGCUUGGCAAUGGGGAAGUUCGCACAUCAGAGCUGGAGAGAGUAUUCAUCCAAAAUACGAGGCUCUACCUUUAGAACACAUCAAGGAGAACGAGAUGCUGACAAAUUGCUACUGGGCGAAGUUGGUGAUCAAGGAUUUGCAAAAAGAGGAUGCACGAAUGUACACUCUUCUGGUGGAGAGCGAGAAGGGUAGAGAUUCGACCAACGUUAAAUUGUUGGUUCGGGACCCAACAGAGAUGAGGGUGAUCGCAGCAGCAGCUGCGGUUGGUCUCCUUUUUCUUCUACUUCUAAUAUCGAUCGCAGUGUACUCGUUGUUAAAACUGAAGAACCGGCGAUAUCGUCGAGAAGAAGAGGAGGGAAGCAUCGCGGCAGAUGCGUUUUACAGUAAUACAACGCCAACGGAAAGGCAGAAGAAUAACAACUCGACGCAGAGUAAAGGAUUCGGUAGAAAAACGAACUCGGAGGGUGGGCUGGCUGUCACUUAUGACUAUGAUCAGAUCACGAAACAGGUGCGGGCUAUGAGUCCGGAAGCUUUGAAAGUCAGACGUGCACCAGCUGUUCUUCAACCACCGACCAUUGUGUAA